UUACCGGCAACCAGGGCUACUGAUGUCUUGAAUAUGUAUUUCUCUUAGGCUGACAACAAAAGUACUUUUUUUUGUUGUGUGUGCAUGGUUUUAAACUACCUCUUGUCUUCAGUCACAACACUUGUAUCUUUUAUAUUACUAUAAAUCCAAGUUUUGUUUUUUGAGCGUUGGUAUCUGAUAGAGAUGAUUGUGUAUAUUUGUUUCUAUAUGGCAGAUUAAACUGUGCCAUAGAUGAGUAACAAUAGUUUAUGGCUGUUCAGGAGUGAAUGGGUUGUUCAUUGUAGGCCACGAUAUAGUAAUUUUUAUAAUCAUAAAACAUCUUCAGUUAGCAUUUUUUCCUUGUGAGUAUUGCUAACUGGUAAACAGUCUAAUUUUAUCUAACAGUUGGUGUUAUGCUUCUUCCCAAGAUCAAAAAUCUUGUUUUGGGAAGACUAGAACAAUGUUCAGUUACAUGAUAUAACUGUCUUAAACUAAGCUAAAAAUCUAUUGAUGACACUGUUUUGGGUAGAAACUUGCAGUAAAUUAAUCUGGAAAUGCCCUCCUCAGAGAUCAUCCUUGGUAUAGUAUGCCACUUGAAUAUUUCUUUCUACUGAACUUGCACAAACAUGGAAUUAAAAAGUAAGACAAACAGCUUCCCUACCCUUUAGGUACUUGAGUUAUUUAGUACAGGGAAUGUGCAUCUAUAAUAAAUAGGACAGCUUGUGCUUGCAGUUGUGAAUGGAGACUUGUUUAGACUAGUGUUUUCUCAUGUCAUAUUUGAGUAGAUGUUGCACGAUUUUGUAACUUCGAAACAAGUUCUUUAAAGAUUCAACUUUGUGGUAUGAGGAAUACUCCUUUGUAUUCUUCUAUGUUCUUGACAGCUGUAAAAUAGCUGCUGGUAAGUGAUAUAAAUGUGAGAAUCCUAAUUUUGCAGUUCUGUCCAUGUGGACAUUCCUCAUAUGUUCAGGUCCCUUUUUAAAAUUGCAGUAGACCUUUUUUGUGGCUGUAAGAACCUGCCUCUGUAUGUCAUGAUGAAGGGCUUGAAUAAUACAUGAAAUGAAGAUUUUAAGAAAAAGACAAUAGGUGAUUCAUGUCAGAAGACUUGCAUAAAGAAUAGUCACUUCUUACCAUAGUCAUACUUAAUUUUUUCAAAUCUUCUCUUAACUAUGGGACUGUUUCUGCAAUAUGACUAGUUUUUUACUUGAUUUUUCACUUUUUGGUUAAACUCAAGCCACCUACUCGCAUGUUUAGUUAUGACAUGCAUGGUAUUUGUAGUCAUCCAAGUUCCUCUCUGUGCUUUCUGUAACUGAUAACAAAUUUCCCUUUGAAUAAUUACGGUUAACUGUUAUAUACCUUUUCUGGGAAAAAUGAACACUACUUUUUUUCUAUUUAAAUGUUUUCAAGCAGAAGACUUUUAGCCACUGCAAAGCAUAAGCAGGAAUAUAUCUGGAAAAACAUUUUGGCCUUUUUAACCUAUUCAAACCACUGAGAAGUGACACUGAUUACUGUAGUAGCUUAUGUUAUUUCUUAAAUUCCCUUUGUGUUGUCUUUACACUAAAAUACUAAAUCAGUACUUAAAUAUAUGAAUACCUGAUGUGAAGAAUUCUCCCGGCAAUUGGGAAAAUUAAGAAUGAGUCAAGAAAGUAAAUUGAUUUCUGUGGAUCUUUAAUCCCAACUUGGACUUUAAGUCUAUAAACUCAAAUAUGUUAUGCAAAAUAUUCUAAAAAAAAUCUUGACCUGUUAAACAAAAGAUAUAGCAUACUUUUACAGAAACUUCUUAUGAGCCACAGGGUGACCUUUUUUCCCCACAUCGCUUCUGAGUCUUAGCAGUGAUGGCUCCGUGUUGGAGAGAAUGAGCUGGACAGGGUGGAGAGCUUCCAAAAACUAGGUUCAGUUACUGGAACAAUUUUCUAUUGAGUUAACAUAGCUGUUAACACAGCUGAUACACCCUGAAUGGAAACAAGACUUCUGCUUAUAUGAAAACAAAGAUGUAGUAUUCAGAACUCAAAUGGGUAGGAAGCAGGCACUGAUAUUUGUAUUCUGUAAUAUUUGUUAGUGUUCUUUUCAACAGAAUCAUAGCUUGCUACAAAUACUAUGUGUUUUAGGUUAUGAAUGUAGUUUUAAUACUAACUGUAUUGAAAUAUAUUUUUUAGUAUUUUGGGUUUACAGUGUUUAAUGCUUUUAAAGCUUUUCACAUAUGGGUUGUCAGGAAUCUAGUGCUGUUGUGCAUAUGAAAUGAAAUCACUAAUUUCAGGAUAAUGAAUUAUAUAAGGACUUAAGCUGAAGCUUUUCAGUAGUACCUUGCUGAAGAUACAUGCUCAUUUAAUGAAUUUGAACUAGGGUUUUGAAACUGCAUUAAGUAGAAACAUAUUUACUUAAACUCUUGCCGUAGAAUAAUUCCUACAUCUCGGUCAACAGUGAACUUAAUGUUGUUCUGUGCCUUUUCAUUUUUAGAAACUUCAGUCAUUAGCGGUCUUAUUUUUUUUCCCUUCACGCGUCCUAAGGACAACAUAUUUUUUCAAGUUCUUUAAGUAUUCUUGCACAACGCGGAAAAAGAAGAAACGCUUCAGUGAAUGAGGAGUUUUAUGCUUCUAUAGCAUUUUUCUUGAGAAGUGGGUCUUUGAAUGAGGAUGACAAUGGAAGAGAUGAAGAAUGAAGCAGAGACCACUUCUAUGGUUUCCAUGCCACUUUAUGCUGUUAUGUACCCCGUCUUUAAUGAGCUAGAAAGAGUAAAUCUAUCUGCAGCUCAGACACUGAGAGCAGCUUUUAUUAAGGCUGAAAAAGAAAAUCCAGGUCUCACACAGGACAUAAUUAUGAAAAUUCUGGAGAAAAAAAGUGUGGAUGUAAACUUUACAGAGUCUCUUCUGCGUAUGGCAGCUGAUGAUGUAGAAGAAUAUAUGAUUGAAAGACCAGAACCAGAAUUCCAAGACCUGAAUGAAAAGGCACGAGCACUUAAACAGAUUCUUAGUAAGAUUCCUGAUGAGAUAAAUGACAGAGUGAGAUUUCUUCAGACAAUCAAGGACAUCGCGAGUGCAAUAAAGGAACUUCUUGACACAGUAAAUAAUGUCUUCAAGAAAUAUCAAUACCAGAACCGGAGGGCACUUGAGCACCAAAAGAAAGAGUUUGUAAAAUACUCCAAAAGUUUCAGUGAUACUCUGAAAACCUACUUUAAAGAUGGAAAGGCAAUAAAUGUGUUCAUAAGUGCCAACCGACUAAUUCAUCAAACCAACUUGAUACUCCAGACCUUCAAAACUGUGGCCUGAAAACUGUAUAUGUUGAGUUGUACUUUUCAAUGGUGGAUAGGGUACCUUUAUAUGUAAAUUUUAAAGUUUUGACUGUAUAAAUUAUCAGCCCCUCUUGAAGGGGCCUAAUGCAGGAUUUUGAAUGGGAUUAUUGCCAUCUUACACCAUAUUUUUGUAAAACAUUGUAGCUUAAUCAUAAUCUCACAAUGAAGAUUUUGCAUCACUUUUUGCUAUUAUCAUUCUUUUCAGAAUUAUAAGCCAAAAGAAUUUACGCCUUAAUGUGUCAUUAUGUAACAUUCCUUAUAAGAAUUGUAAAUAUUUGGUGUUCUGUUUCUGACAUUUUAACUUGAAAGCGAAAAACUGCAAGAUUAUGUAUUUAACAAUAUUGGUGGCAAAUAUUCAAUAAAUAGUUUACAUCUGUUA